AUGUCUAUCCCCGCUGGAGCGGAUCUUUCUCAGAUACCGGCGAUGCAGCCGCCAGCAGGCGUCCAGUCGGACCUAAUCGACCCACCCAGCUACCACCACAAGCUGCUCAUCCUCAACCUAGUCUUCACCAUAACGAUGCUCGUCCUUGUGGGAGUUCGUCUUAGCGUCAAAGGCUUCAUCUCCAAGGUACUUUGGUGGGAUGAUCUCGCCUGUGUCAUGGCUGCGAUGGGAUCCGUCACCCACGCGGUGGUUAUGAUGUACCAGACGAGAAUCGGUUACGGGCGGCACAUGUGGGACAUUCCCGUGUCCUGGCUGGUUGAAAAGAAGAACCUGGAGCUACUCAACGCGGACAACCCCGUCUACCUCACGACCAUCUUUCUGGCCAAGGUGUCGAUGCUGCUGCUCUACCUGCGCAUCUUCCCGCGGAGCACCAACAUGGGCCGUUGGAUCAUAUACAUGCUUGUCUUCCUCACCGCCUUCUGGCUGUCGAUGCUGGGGCCUGCCAUCGCUGCGCAGUACAAGUGCGUGUCGUUGCAGUCGCCCACGACCGACUUCUGCACGGCCAUCAGCAAUAGCCUGAUCAUCCUGAACGCCGCCGUCACCGUGGCUACCGACUUCUACGUGCUGCUGCUACCGAUCCCGCCCUUCUUCAAGCUGCUGUUCCAGACGAAGCAAAAGCUGCUGAUCGUCGUCAUCUUCCUUACGGGUCUUGUAGCAUGCGCGGCCAGCACCACCAGGCUAGGGCUAUUCUUGAACUCGUUUGGUAGCGACGACAUCUUAUGGGAGCAGGCAAACAAUUCCAUGUACACUAUUGUCGAGAUCAACGCGGCCAUUACUUCGGGGUGCCUGCUCAACCUGCCCGCGUUCUGCGGUUACGGAAAGGGUGUUGCGCUGCGGGCAUACAACUCGGUCAGAUCGCUGGUGACCGAUAGCUCUGCGGGAAGCACGCGCGGCAACUCUUUCGAAAGGACAAGCGGCGUUGAGGAAGUCCACGUCACAGAUAAGGACAACAGAAGCUCGGUGGAUCAGGGAACGUCCGAGAUGCGUGCCAGGAUAAGCGAGGUUUGA